AUGAUGAAGCGCCGUUCGUCGACAAGACUUGCUUACCAGAAAAAGAAGCAGAAGCAACACGUGAGUGAGCAAAACAAAACUGCGGCUCGUCUUACUUUCGUCGUCGAGUUGGAAACAUCCUCCGUGUCCGAUUAUCUGUCGACUGCAGACAUUUCGGCCCUUCUCCAAGCUUGUGCCAGUAUAUUCUCGCCUGAAUACGCCAGCGCUCUAACGCGAACAGCCUUCGACCGGUUUGCCAAGGAGAACAAGACACACAUUGGACGUAAAUGCACUUGCGACUGGAUGCGACGUCUUGACGGUAUCUGUCAUCCGAAGAACUGUGGCCAGGAGGAUCCUUUCAAUAUGGACACGUCCAUGCCGAUUCUACAGACACCUGGAGGCACUCGAGCUCUACUCCGCGCGCUAGGAUUGGCGGAGAAAAUACUGAAGCCGUUUUGCCUGGAAAACAGUCGUGGCGAGACCAUGUUCGCUCCGGUCGUGUGCGUGCUCACGGAGAACGAAGGUCUUUUCACGCAAGAAGACGUCACGAAGGCAUUGAAUCGCGCUUGCAAAGGAGCGGGGACGCGAUUUUUCUACGACUUCAAAAUGAAUAAAGCGUACACGAGGGCGGAUUUCAUCGACGAACACUGGGACGGUAUCGAGGGCUCGUCGUGCCGUCAAUGCGAUGAACUGCCAUGCUAUCAAACUGAGCUCUGGGUUCGUGCUAGAAGCAGGAUGAAAUGGAAGAACAAGGCAGUCGAGCGUAUCCGCGCUAACUGCAUAAAGGUGUACCGGCCGCUGAAAGCCGCUAUGAAGAAGGAGCUUCAAUUUGUGCGGUUUAUUCCAAAGCCGCACAGGUGGUCACCCGACAGAUUUGAGGGGCUGGUGGCGGGGGUAUCGACCAGCGGGGUUUUCUGCGGCAUUGCCGCUAAGCGCAAUGACUGGCAGCAGCAAGAAGAAGCAGAAGACUUCGUCGACUGCACGGCUUCUUCUUCUCGGAUCUUUGGUGCGAUCUUGGAGCUCGAAGCAGCUGUGGUCUGGGCCUUUUUGGGAGCUAGUGACGUGUGCAACUUGCUGGAAGCGCGUGCUGGUCUGCUGUCGGACGAACUCAUCGACGCGAUAUCUCUGAAGGCUCUCGACACGUUUUGCGUGGAGAACAAGACGCACCUGGGCCGCCAAUGCCGUUGCGACUGGAUGCGAAGCCUCGCUUUUGUCCCUCACUCCGACGAUAUAUACACUGACAACGCGCCGCACGCUGUGGAGAAAACCCUGCCGAUACUUCAGGUCCGCGGUGGCGCUCGUGCUAUGCUAAGCGCGCUGGUCGUGACGGAAAGGCUCCUGGAGGAGAGCAAACAACACGGUUGGCCACAAGAUCUUUGGCCCGGGACUCUCUCUACGUUUAUUCCGGUGGUCUGUCCUCUCGUGACGGAGGAGAAGCUUCGCCUGUGUCCCUGCACCGAGAAAGAUGCGAAGCAUGUGAUGAACAAAAUCGGCCACAAUGCUGGGUCGCGCUUCUUCCAUGAAUACAAAAGACACCGAGGACCUGCAUCCGCUGAUUAUCUGGAUCACCACUGGCACAAGAUCGACGGCAACGACUGCAAGAGCCACGAGGGUCAUUGUUGGAAUACGAUCGAGAAGUGGCGAUUGAUUCAUGACAACUGCCGAAAGGUGUAUCGACCGCUCAAAGCUGCCGUGAUGAAGGACCUGCAGCUGGUGCGCUUUGUUCCUCGACCCACGGCUUCCGCGCUGUGCCAAGCACUUUGGUUCCAGGCAGAUACUACCGUCCAUAUGAAGGAUUGGUGGCCGGUAUCACCGAGGACGGAAUUCUAUGCGGGCUGUGUCUCGUGA